AUGUACUCCGAGCAGCAAAACCAACAACAACAACAACAACCAUCUCAACAACAAAGGCAGCAUAUUCCGAUUGUGCACGCUCCUCAAGUAACCACCAUUCAAACACAUGUUCUACCACAAACUUCUUUAUCAGAUCAAAAUUUUUCAUUCAAUCCGUCGAACUCUCCAUCCAGUCAGGAAGUGCCGUCAAACAUAGCUCGUAUACCGUAUCCAAGCAGUACCACAAGCAAUCCAGUAACACACCACUCACCGGUACAACAUACAUCAUCUGCCACUUCAGCGAACUCCAUCACUAAACCAUUUAAAACAAAACGUGUUUUCAAAAGUUUCCAUUUGGCAGUAUAUAUUCGUUCUGAUUUAUGCCCAGGAACUAACCCGAAUAAAUAUUCUCAAAAUGUUUUUCAAUUAAAAUCAUCAACGAAUUGUAUUCAGGUGAUUAUCUUGGGUGAUGCAGGUGUCGGCAAGACGUGCUUAAGUUUUCGUUUUUGCAAUGGUCGAUUUCCUGCACAGACUGAAGCUACAAUUGGUGUCGAUUUCCGUGAGCGUUCUGUGGUUAUUGAUGGCGAAUUGAUUAGGGUGCAACUGUGGGAUACGGCCGGUCAGGAGCGUUAUCGUCAGUCGAUGGUGUCACAUUAUUAUCGUAAUGUAAAUGCGGUCGUGUUUGUCUAUGAUGUAAGCAAUGAAAAGUCAUUUGAAUCGUUAGCAACUUGGAUAUCCGAGUGUCGUAAUCACUCGGUGUCCUCUUCCAAAGAUACACCUCACAUUAUCAUCGGCAAUAAGUGUGAUUUGAACCCAUCAAAUAGGGUCAAAACCGAUUAUGCACAGAUAUUUGCCGAUCAGAACGACAUGGCACUAUUCGAAACAUCAGCGUUAUCAGAUUCGGAAUCGGAUCAUGUCGAGUCGAUAUUCAUGACAUUAGUGCAUAAGUUGCAACAGUCCAAGCCAAUGCACGUGCAGUCAGAUGAAGAGCGUGCACUGAAAGAGGAAAGACUUCUGUUGAAGGCGAACGAAGUCGAUAAACUGCACGCUGAGGACGGUUGGUGCUGCUGA